AUGGCGUCAUCUCAAUUCAAUGAGAGAUUCAAGAAUAGAUCACAAGUAUUGGGAAAGUAUGGGGAAAUGCAAAUUUCGCCGUCAAGCAGCAUAUUGAAAUCUCCUAUCCAGCAGUCGCCGAUUUUUAGUUCAGCAUCGAAACAGGCCUUGCACAUACCUUUUUACUAAAACUUGCGUAAUUUUUUUCUAAAAUAAGAAAAAAUUUAAAUUUAAUUAUAAAAAUAUACCUUAAACGGUGGGUCAGGAUCAUAUGCAGAUCUUUCAAAGCCUUGUGCUGUAAAAUCGCAAUUAGCAAUUCCAUGCGAUUCAGAUGCUUUCGGCCCCUCCUAUGCUGAGAGUCCAAUGGAGGUUUCAAGGAGAGCUAUUAAUUUAACUCCCUUAAGAAGUAAAAUAGUUCAGGUUUCAUAUAAGGAACUAAUUAAACAAGGAAAAACAGGGACUUUUACCCCAUAUACUUUAAAAGACUAUACAAAUAUAAAACCGGAGGGAUAUUAUAUGCUUGGAAGCUUAGGGCCAUCUACAGGUACUGAAGUUUGAAAAGCAUAUAAGGAAAAGGAAGAAAGAAGAAAAUUGUAUAUAAAUAGACUGCAGCCUUCUCAAAGCAAAGCAAGCCAAGACUUAAACCAAGCCCGGCAGUCGAAAUCUGUGCUAAGGUCUUCUUUAAAGAUACUACUGGAAUAA